AUGGUGAAUCUGCUUUCCAUUGCUGAUAUCAAGCCAAAAAUGAGGGGUUGGUCAGCGCAUGUUACUGUUCAGGAAAAAAUGCAUAUCGCUUCUUCACAGAAAUCCCCUACAAGAUACCAAAAAUUUGUUUUCUCUGAUAACCAGGGAUCAAGAGUUGAGGGAAUUAUGUUUAAUGCUGCUAUUGAAAAGAUGGGGUCAAAGCUUCAUACUUUUAAGAAGUAUCUGAUAUCAAAUGCCGAUGUUAAAGAAAUUGAGGAACAGUAUCAAACUAAUGGCCUUACUAUUCAAUGGGUAAUAAGUGCAAAAACUGUGGUUGAGGAGCUGAGUGAACAGGGAAGCUGUGUUUUGACUAACGAGUUUACCCCUAUAAGCUUUAAAGACUUGGCCAGUUACGCUGAUUCAAAGUCACAAACUGUUGAUAUUAUGGCUGUGGUUGUUGACUCAAUGCCUGUGAUUCCAAUCAAAAGGGAUUCACAGGAAUCCUUUGUCCAGAGAUUUCUCAUUGUGAAUGAAGAGAUGGUCCCUACUGUUCUAUCUCUAUGGAAUACAUUUGUUGAAAAUGAAGGAAAGCUGCUUACAGAUCACCACAACAAGCAUCCAGUUCUUAUAUGCCGCAGGCUUAAAGUUGUCACAUACAAUGGAAUAGCACUCUCAACAAGAAAUGACUCAGUCAUUGUUGUUGAUCCCCCUGUUAGAGAUGCUAGAAGUCUCAAAAAUUGGGCAUCAAGGAAUGAAAAGGAACUACUUGCCCUCUGUCGUGAUAAGCCGUACAAUAACCAGUCUCCUAAAAUGUUUUAUGGCCCCCGGCAAAAACUAACUGAAAUAAGAGAUGUUUUGCCAACUGAAAAGGUUUCAUGGGUCAAGUGCAUGUUCUCUUUUGAGCACAUACUGCAAAAAUAUUGGUAUAUGGCAUGUGUAAAGUGCCGGCGUCUAACUUCCGCUGACUAUGGAUGCACUUAUACUUGCAACCAUUGCAAUGAAAAGCAAUCUGCUCAGCCAAGAUGUCGUUUUGAUAUUGACCUGACCGAUCAUUCUGACACUAUUACGGCUUCAAUUUUUGGUGAACAAGCUGAGACAUUGCUAGGAUUUACUGCUUCACAAGCAAUGCAUUACUUCAACAGGAAUGAAGACCUACCUUUAGCCAAGCUCCAUGAAGAGUUGAAGAAUAAGAUGUUCAUUGUACAGCUUAAACCAGGAAGCACCAAGAAUGAUGGAUCGUAUCAGCGUUACACUAUUGUGUAUUAUUUUGAGGAAAAUGCUGAGACUACCUCUGCUGAAAAUCAGUUGCAUCGUGGUUCAAAUGCUAGCACUGCCAAUGAAAGCUACCUUCAAAUCACUACUGAUCAGGCUCCUUCUUGUGUUGCUUCACCUCCAGACAAAGAAGAAUUGCCAUCUAGAACACGCCGUUCUCUUCUAAGCAGUCUUGAUGAAUCUGAGGAAACUACUCCAAAGAGGCAGCGCAAGAAAUGA